AUGGCUAAGAGACAUAAGCACUAUGAGAACCGAGGGUCCUCCGGAAGAGGCCGCCGGGGUGGUCGCGCAGGUCAUCGUGGCCGAGGUGGCAGACGACGCUACGCAGAACGGAAUAAUUCAGAACGGGCUGCGCCAGUGUGGGCGGGGAGUGGAGAUCUUGGGAAUCCAGAAAUGGUCGACGACUACUAUUUUGGCAGGCAGGCCGACCGGCGGCUGUGGAAGAAAGACUCGAUGCGGAUGGGCGGGUUUCGGCCCGGUGACAUGGGAGCUAGUGAGCAACCACAGUCACAUCUGCCAGCGCGGAAGCGGCCUGUCACUUUUACACUAGCUCGAGAUGUGUAUGAUCCAUCGCACAACCUCAACCAACUACUGAAUAAACAACUGGACGAGGGGGCGGAAGAAGAAGAUUCAAACAGCAGCUCGCCCAGCGCGAGUGGUGAUGACGAACCAGAGGGCGAAUACGAGCCUAAUCCGGAGCCCAAGAUGUACCGAAUAUCCGAGUUGAACGACGAUGCACUGUUUUUUGUUGACGAGCAGGGCAAGCUGCCGACUAAAAUACCAGCAGUGGAGGUGGCUCAACAAGAGACGCCGCGCUCUGUGGAAUUCAACGACACACUUACUGUAGGGAAGGUUCAACUACAGCUUCGCCAGGAUAGCAACGGGGGAACAUUUGUUGAUGCGCCGCAUGCAAAGAGGAUAUUCAGGGAUGACCUUUAUGGCGAUGUCUCAGAAGAAGAGGAUGAACCGGAGACUCCCAAAACUGAGCAGUUAGACAACUCCAAGAGUGUACGCACCAUGCAGCCUCCAAGCCCAGUUCCUCAACUGCUUUCGACCAACAUAGGGCGGCUCACACUCUCAGAACUAGCAUCAGAAAGUGAAAGUGAUACUGAAAAGCCUACGGCGGAAGCAGGAGCCGAACCUCCAAAAGGCGAGCCUGGUUUCGGGUUUCUCGAUGAAGACCAUCUUGCCGAUAUGUCGGAAAUCCAGGUAACUAAUAUUCGUCUUGGUGCGGCAGCACACAGCUACUUCGUGGCCAGUCCGAGAACUUUUGGUGACUCUGUAGCCCGCUGGGUUGAUCACGAUACGAUGGUCGAUAUUGCGCUAGAGCUAGGUUUACCCGAAGGGCGUUUGCACGCUUACUUGCGCCAUGUCUAUGAGCAGCUGGUGCCUCCGGAAGAGCCAGCAGAUGAUGGUGCUGAUGACCACUAUGGCGACGAGAACUACGACGACUCUGAAGAAGAUGAGCAAGACGACGAAUACGAAAACGAUGGUCUGAUUGCACUUGUAGAGCAUACACUUGCAAACGAUCCCUACCGUAACCGUGAUUACAAUACUAAGAGCUUAGAAUAUAGAGGUCAUGGGUCCCGCAAACGGUUGAUUAUAGACAAAGAAUCAAUGAUAGACGAAACUGUCCGUACACUACUCGAGGAUAAAGCGGCGCAACGCAGCGCCAAACGCGCCGCAAAGCGCCACGCGAAAGAAGACUACAUUGCAGAGGAGGCACGCAUGUCUUCUGACCUCUUUAGGAAGUAUCCUUACGGGUUUCAUAUCGAGAAUAUUAUAGAUGAGCUCGAGGCAUUCCUCGUUAGCCCGCGGGCCGCGCUCGAGUUCCCGCCGCUAGAUCCGCAUGGUCGCCGCACGCUCAAAAAUCUUGCUUGUGCAUUCGCUCUGAUAUGCAAGCAGGUCGGUCAGUCCACGCACACGCGCGUGCUUGUCCAAAAGGGCGGCAGGUACGAGCCCGACUACGACGCUGUGAACCGCAUCCGGCGCCAACGCCGGGUAUUCAUGCGCGUCGAUGUCCGUCGGCCGCGUGACGAUAUCACCCCUCGUGAACCUCGCGCAAAGUUCCACGUGCGUGAGGGCGCCAUCGUUGGGGGUGACGCCCCCACAAUUGGUCAGGACAACGUCGGUCGCCGUUUACUAGAGAAGCUUGGCUGGACCCAUGGCGAGGGCCUCGGUGUCCAUGGCAAUAAGGGCAUUAGCGAACCACUUAUGGCCAGAGUUAAGAAGAAUCGUUCUGGUCUAAGAUAUACAGAAUAA